GAGCAAUGGGCUUCCUGGGGUGCAAACAGGCAGUGAGAUCAGAUGACAGUUGCUGCUGCUGCGACUGAAUGGUUAAAAAGCGCAGGAGAGUUGACGUGGGGGAGAAGCCACUAGGCGAAGGCAUCAGUAACAUCCAAGCACAUUCCUGGGCUCACUGUGCUGCUGCUGCUGCUGCCAACAUCUGAUUAGAAGCCUACACGAUCCACGGGGCUGUGAGGGGCUGAGCUAAGCUAAGGCCAGAGGAGGAGGAGGAGGAGGGGUAGAGGCAACACAGCAGGGGGAGUAGGAGGCAGCGACAGCGAGAAACUGACAGUCGCACAUCACAGCAGCGACGGGCGAUUAGCAACAUCCCAGCCGCAAACUCGUAUGAACAUGAACUUCUGCUGAGCGUUGGGGUGUUCCUCUGUCAUCUCUUAUUAUCUGACUCUUAUUUAAUGAUUGUGACGUUGUGAGGCAGGCCUCCAGUCAUGUCUACUGAUGUAGAAACCAGCAGCAACACUGCCACCGAAGUACCACCACCACCACCAGCAAAGCCGCCUUCCAAGAAGGAAAAGAAAAAAGGACCAGAAAAAACAGAUGAAUUCCUUUUGGCCAGAUUCAAGGGAGAUGGGGUGAGAUAUAAAGCCAAAUUAAUUGGCAUUGAUGAUGUCCCUGAAGCCAGAGGAGAUAAAAUGAGCCAAGACUCCAUGAUGAAGCUUAAGGGGAUGGCUGUGGCGGCUCGUUCUCAGGGACAACAUAAACAGAGAAUUUGGGUCAACAUUUCGCUUUCUGGAAUAAAAAUCAUAGAUGAGAAAACUGGAGUAAUAGAGCAUGAACAUCCCGUUAAUAAAAUUUCAUUCAUUGCUCGGGACGUGACGGAUAACCGCGCAUUCGGAUAUGUUUGUGGAGCAGAAGGGCAGCACCAGUUUUUUGCAAUAAAGACGGCCCAGCAGGCUGAACCUUUGGUUGUCGACCUAAAAGAUCUUUUCCAAGUCAUCUAUAACAUAAAGAAAAGAGAGGAUGAAGACAAAAAGAGGAGCGAUGAAAGCAGUCAGCCUUUAGAGAACGGCAGCGAUGCCCUGCUCAACAUUAAUGAGGAAGCUGACAAACUAAGACUGGGUGUUGACCAGAUGAAUUUAUUUGGUGAUAUGUCCACACCCCCUGACCUCCACAGUCCCACAGAAAGUAAUGAAAUCCUGUUAGUGGAUCUAAACACUGAAAUCGACACCAAUCAAAAUUGUGUUAAAGGAAAUCCCUUCCUAUCAAAUGGCUUCAUCAGUGCAUGUUCUCCUCUUCCUCAUCCACAACCACAGUCACCUUUCUCACCUGAGAAACCAUUUUCUUCCAAUCUCAGCUUCUUUCCUACUCCCAAUCCAGAUCCUUUUUGUGACGAUCCUUUCACUGCCACUGAUCAAUCACCCUAUUCUCCUCCACUUGAUUCUUCAAAAUUCGUAAAUCACCUAAAAGAGAACUUAAGUAACUUAGAGAAUGGUUCAGAAAAGAAUGGCGUUCUGACAAAUGAUAUUGAGUUUGGGCAGAAGUUUGACCAAAUUUCUAACCAUUCUAGUAAACAGGACGCAAAGUCAGAUCAUUGGCCUUUUAAGGCUAACCAGUCCCUCCCUAGAGCAAGGACUCACAAUGGUGGACUGGAGCACAGACUCAAUGGUCCCUUGAUCAGCCCCCCACCAAAUCCAUUUGCUGAAGGCACAACUAAGGGAGUCGAUCUGCACAAUGGAAUAAGAAGGAACUCAGAAACCAAUGUCAGUCACAAACCAGACCCUGUUAAUUCCCUUCCGUGUGAUCCUAUUGCAAUAAUCCCACCACCACAAAGUACCAAGCCUGGAAGAGGCAGGAGAAGUGCGAAGGCAACAUCUGAUGAUUUGUUUGGGUCAGACAUCUUUCCAUCAAAUUCAGAGCCAACGUCAGCUGUAGCUCCUACUGCUCAGCCAGCUCCAGCGCCAACCAACCCAUUGGAUCUGUUUAACACCUCAGGUCUCACUUCAGCAGCUGCCACUGGAAGCCUUGGCACCUUGACAGUAAACUCAUCUCACGCACAACAAUGGAAUCCCCAGUCUUUAGUUUUUAACCAGCCUUCUUCAACACUUCACACUCCUGUAGUGGGUUUACAGUCUGGUUUUACUCAGCAAAAUGUUCUUGGAUCAGCAUCAAUGGCGUCAUGGAAUCAGCCACCGGGUUUAGUAGCACCCCCACCUAUGCAGAAUCCCACCUUGUGGAAUCAGCCUGUAUCAAUUCAGCCAAAUGUUUGGCCGCAACAAGGAGGCUUAAAUAACCCUUUCCAGGUCAAUAUGUUUGCACCAAGACCACCUGUUUUACCAUUAGCAUUAACAUCCUCAGGUCCUGCUCUCACAAGUCCUCCUCAGCCACCACCAAGGCCAGCACCUCAAAAGGAGUCACCUAAGAAAGAAAGUGAUGCCUUCACUGCUCUAGAUCCACUCGGGGAGAAAGAGAAGAAGAGUGUCAAAGACAUGUUCAAAGACUAUCAGUUGACAAAGCCACCUGCUGUUCCUGCAAGGCGAGGAGAACAUCAGCAAAACAACAAUUCCAAUUCUUCUGGAGCUUUUAACAACUAUUUUGCUAGCAAAGUAGGAAUUUCCCAAGAAAGUGCCGACCAUGAUGAUUUUGACAUUAAUCAACUUUCAUCUAGGAUUAAUGAUGCACCAAAGCCUGCCCCACGAGCACAUACACUACCAGUGUCAAAGCCCACUGAGGGGUUAUUUGAAAAUCCCUUUGGUUCAGAUUCUUUCACUUCUUCAUUACAAAACUCUAAAGCCACAGCACAUCUGUUGACAUCUUCUGAUCCAUUCGGGGAUCCAUUUGCUUAAGAAAGUUUCUACUGCAUUUCCAUGGACAAAGCAUCAAGCAAAAAUAUACAGAAGAUACUUGCCAGCCUCACUAAGACAUCUCAUCGUUUUCCAGUUUAUUUAUUGCCAAAUAAUUUCCAAAGAAUUCCCACCAGAUUGCAUCAAAUUAGGGUGGACCACAAUUUCAUAAAUCCAAGUCCCCAAGACAGUUAGUUUGUGUUAGCAUCCAUGAAAUUACCAUUUUAUUUAGUUAAGCGCAUUCACAUUUCCACUUGCAAGCGUUCGUGCUGAAUGGUAAAAAAGUUUGGAAAAUGCUUGUGGUAUUUUAGUGAGUAGACAGACCUGCAGACAAAUAGUAUCAGCAAAUAUCUGGAAGCAGGGAUAUUCAAUGCAACCCCAAGACUGCCUUAAUGAAAGCAGACUGAGAAAUUUAACCAAAGCUACACGAGGCACCUUGUAGGAGGAGCAGGACCUGGAAUCGAUAAUAGUCAAUAACAGUAACAUUCCCUCUUUUCUGGCCAUGUGUCCGAUCAGGAAAUAAUCUCAUAUAAUAAAUACUUUAGAUGUUCAUAUAUCCUGAGCAUAAAACAUAAAGCUCAAGAACAAAUUAUCCCCUGCUAAAUUCUGGAUCAUGCAUCAAUUUCCCAUUUAAUGAUUGGCAUAAUGCAUGGUACAGUUUUUAUCCGAUCUGCUUUUUCAUUGUUCAGCUAUGUUUGAUCUUUUGGGACAUGUUCACACCAAUGAUAUAUUUAAAAAAAAAAUAUCUUGAUAUCAAAGGGUGUGUCUGUUAUAUUGCAUUAAAGAAUGCUUUUUCUAUGA